CGGCGUUCGAAUAUAUCUCAGCAACCGUUAGUGAGCGAUGCAGGUGGACAGAUGAGUUUAUGUUUAGGUUAGUUACUGUACUAACUGUGUCCAGAUUAGAUGUUCUGAUUCUAGCUUAGCUGUAGGAGUCACUUAUAUACCUGUAAAAAUACGUUCGGAUCAUAUUUUCCUCCGAAGGACAUCAUAAAUCAAGGCGUGUGGUCAUGGCUCUGGCGUCUCCGUGCGGGAUUCUGUCCGAUGAGGAGGAGUGUGGGGCUGUGUUUGAGUCCACAGCUGCAGAUAUUGGAGCUCUGAUGAGGUCCCAGCGCUUUGUGUCUCCUCUGCCGGAGAUCUCUGUUAUCACCCCUGCUGCAGAUCCCCAAACUCCCACUCAAGAGCGUGUGCAGAUCAAGCCUGAUGUCAGCAGGAGAGGCAGCGCUGAUGACGGCUCGGAGAAGCUGAAGGUUUUCCUGCGGAUCCGUCCUCUGACUGAAGCAGAGCAAGAGCGGGCCGAGGAGCAGGGUUGUGUGAAUGUGCAGUCUGAGGACAGUCUGCUUCUCCGAGCGCCCAAAGACUCCCGCAACAUGAAGAGUGCAGAGAGAGGCAUCGCUCAGAGCCUGCACAAGUUCACCUUCACAAAGAUUUUUGGAGCGCAGAGCUCUCAGCAGGAGGUUUACGAUCACACCAUAAGAGAGAUGGUGCGAGAUGUUCUGCGUGGAGAAAACCGGCUCCUCUACACUUACGGUGUGACUAACUCGGGCAAGACCUACACCAUACAGGGUGCGGGUGGCGAGGCGGGUCUGCUGCCGCGAGCGUUAGUCUCUGUGUUCCUGAAGCUGUCUGGACGGCUGUACUCCGCCAUGGACCUCAAGCCUGUACUGAGCCAGGAGGUCCGUAAGCUGGACGCGGGAGAGGUCCGUGUUGAGGAAAUGCGGCGGGACGCUUUGCUCAAAGAGGAGGAAAGCACGGCUGGACAUCAGUCUCGGCUGCGAGCAGGUUUGUCCUGGGACAGCGGCAUCAGCGGACUCUCAGCGACCAGCCACAUCGCAACACAGCUGGAGGACUCAGAUGGCGUGUGCUUGGAGGCGAAUGGCCUGUGUCUCAGCGGUGGGGAGGAUCUUGAGCAGGGUGUGCAGUUCUCAGUCUGGGUCUCGUUUUAUGAGAUCUACAACGAGUUUCUUUACGAUCUCCUGGAUGCUCCUCCUUCACUUCAGUCCCGCAAGAGAGCCACGCUACGCCUCAGCGAUGACAAACAUGGAAAUCCUUACGUAAAGGAUCUGACCUGGAUUCAGGUACAAAGUGCAGAAGAGGCCUGGAAAGUGCUUAAAGUUGGACAACGCAAUCAAAGUUUUGCCAGCACUCACCUAAACCACAACUCCAGCCGCAGCCAUAGUAUCUUUACUAUCCGUGUUCUACAUGUCAAGCCUCAAGCGGAGCUGGGACAGGUGACCAGAAUCAGCGAGCUCUCUGUGUGUGAUUUGGCGGGGUCUGAGCGCUGUAAAACCCAGCAGAACGGCGAGAGAAUGAAGGAGGCGAACAACAUCAACACCUCUCUGCUGACGCUGGGCCGCUGCAUCACUGCUCUGAGACACAAUCAGACCAAUAAGUCUCGUCCUCCGCUGGUGGUUCCCUUCAGAGACAGCAAGUUAACCAGGGUCCUGCAGAGCUUCUUCUGUGGUCACGGGCGCUCCUGCAUGCUGGUCAACAUUAACCCCUGCGCCUCCACCUACGACGAGACGCUGCAAGCGCUCAAGUUCUCUGCCAUCGCCACACAGCUGGUGCAUGGGCCGUGCAGUAAGACCCGAGUGGCGUAUAUUCUGUCGCUGCUCCGUGAGCAGCAUCCCAACAACACCACUCUACUGGAGGAGGAGGAGGAGGAGAGCGACGAGGAAGGAGACAUCACCAUGUUUGAUCCUGAAGCGCUGCUGAAGGCCAUCGAUGUUCUGAAGCGUGAAGUGCUGCGUCAGCGGCAGGAGAAAGAGGAGCUGGAGGCCGCGGUGCGGGAGGAGGUCUGCACGGAGAUGAUGGAGGUCAUCAGCCGCAUGCAGGACGACUUCAGCGAGACGCUGGAAACCGAGAGGGAUCUGAUGGAGAAGAGAUGCGAGAACAAAAUCAACAACUUGAAGAGCAGCCUGAAGACAUAUUAUAGCCAGGAGCUAGAGGAGCGAGAUGAAGAGAUCCGAGAGCUCACUGCUGCUCUGAAGGAGAAGGAAGAGGGUCAUAUCGCUCCAGCUCCUAUUUUCCCGCCUCUGAGUGACGUCAGCGCUCCGCGGCGCUCGCGGCGUCUGGCUUCAUCACACAGGCGAGACACGGAUCACGAGAGCGCCGAGCUGGAGCGGUGUAGAGCCGAGCUGGAGCAGUGCAGGGACCUGGACCUGAAGCAGACAGAGCUGCACCUGAAGACACUCGAGCUGAAGCGUCUGCAGGAGAGCGGGCUGCUGGCGGGAUCCACAGGAACCCUGACGACUUCAGCCGAGCGCAAGCUGCAGGAGGGCCAGAGGAACCUGAAGCAGCUGCGGAUGGAGCUCCAGAUGCUGGGUGUGAAGCUGCAGUCUGGAGAACGAGCGUGCUGUCGUAACACCGACGGAGAGAAGCUGCGCAUCGCUCUCUCCUCAGCUGACAGCAAACUCGUCAAACAGGAUCAGAUGCUGGUGGAGCUGUACACCAGUCUGCAGCUGGUCAAAGCAGAUCUGCGCAGGAAGGACGAGCUGCUGAUGCGGUCACAGAGCGGCCAGCUUCCUCCAGCGUCCAGCGCUGCGUCCGGCUCCUGCAAGAAGAGGGGCUGCGGGGUGGCUGUGGCUUACGUGGAGAACCAGCCUCCGGAGAAACGGCCCUUCUUCCGCUCGAUCUUCCCCUCGCGGCAGCGGGCCGAGACGGGCACACCGCACACCCGUGUGUUACGCUCACGCCAGCCGUCGCCUCCGUCCACUCCCAUUCAGUUCCGCAUCAAAUAUUAGCAGCGGCCACAGAGCUUUAAUAUCUCAGUUUUUAUAUUUCUGUCUGUAAUAUAAUCAGGUGACAUGCAAAUGGACCUUAUUUUGAUGGGAGUUUUUUAAUUUUGUGUUCAAGGGUUUCUAUUGUGAAACUCAUUUGAAGAGCAAAGGCUAUUACCUAUUUUGUUUCCCUACAUGCUGCGUUUUAUUUUAUAUAUCUAUAUGUUAUGCAAACCAAAUCAUAACGUAGCAACAAGAUAGAAGUAUUGAUUCCAACUACUAACCUAAAGGCUAUUAUACCCUUUUUUAUUUUCCCUACAUGCUGUUUUAAAUUUUUCCUUAUAUUAUGCAUACCAAAUUAAAAUGUAAAAGCAAGAUUCCUUUUGUCUUCCAAAUAUGUUAUAUGUAAAGCUGACCAUAACUAAUUCAUCAGACUCUUUCAUGGUGCUGCUUUCUGUUUCUAAACGUUUGAGAAUUAAUCUUUUAAGAAUUCAGUGUUACUGUCACCAAAUACACAUGCAAGUCUUUUUUGUUUUUGGCGUGUUUGUAAGUGGCCAAAUGCAGAUUUUAGCACUACAUUCGUGCUUUGGCUCCUCUUUUGCACAUUUUGCAUGCGUUUGGGAAGGUUGCCGUGGUUUCAGAUGUUUGUUUGUCACUUUUGAAUGUCUUUCCACUGUAUAAUCAAAACUGGGUGCG